AUGCAUCAUAAAAAAAAGUGGUUGGUAUCCCUGACAUCUAUCUUUUUCCUUUCAGCACUAUAUCUGAAGAAAAGUUGUCAAGAUGGCACCAAGAUAUGAAUUAGCUGUUGGUCUCAACAGAGGACAUAAAACUACCACAAUCAGAGUUGCUAAAAAUAAGACAGAAAAAGAAAAAACUGUCAUUCUUCGACCAUCUAGAUUGAAAGGGAGACAAACUAAACACAGCAAAUUUGUCAGAGAUUUAAUCCGUGAAGUAACUGGUCAUGCUCCUUAUGAAAAACGUGCUAUGGAAUUGCUCAAAGUAUCAAAGGAUAAGCGUGCAUUGAAGUUUUUGAAAAGAAGGUUGGGCACUCAUAUUCGUGCUAAGAGGAAACGUGAAGAACUUGGAAAUAUUCUUGUACAAAUGAGGAAAGCUGGCGCCCAUCAUUAAUUUAAUAAUAAAUUAAUGUAUUUCAUAAGAAUAUUAUUAAAAAAUAUUCA